AUGCAGCUGUGGAAUCUGAUAAUGAAGUUUUCGCGACAAACCUCCAAGCCUUCGGUCCCCGGAGUAAAGAUGGUCAAUCUCCGCACACAAAAACGCCUUGCGGCCUCUGUUAUGGGCGUUGGAAAGAGAAAGGUGUGGCUCGACCCCAAUGAAAUGAACGAGAUCAGCAACGCAAAUUCUCGCCAAACGAUCCGCAAACUUUUCAAGGAUGGCCUUAUCAUCAAGAAGCCCAACACCAUGCACUCUCGCUACAGAACUCGUGAGCUCGCUGCCGCCAAGCGCGCCGGUCGUCACACUGGUUUUGGUAAGAGAAAGGGUACCAAGGAUGCCCGUAUGCCCUCCCAGGUGUUAUGGAUGCGCCGUCUCCGCGUUCUCCGUCGUCUUCUCGUCAAGUACCGCGCCUCCGGAAAGAUCGAUAAGCACCUCUACCACGAGCUCUAUCAUUUGAGCAAGGGCAACACCUUCAAGCAUAAGAGAGCGUUGAUCGAGCACGUCCACAAGGCUAAGGCCGAGAAGGCACGUGAGCGUAUACUUAAGGAGGAGAUGGACGCCAAGCGAGCCAGGACCAAGGCUGCUAGAGAGAGAAAGCAGGCCCGUGUCCAGGAGAAGAAGAACGCCCUCUUGGCAGGUGCGGAGGACGAGGCGGCGGAUAAAUAAAGUGUCUUUGUGAUAAAAAUAUAAAAGCACUUCCUCUUUUCUUUUA